AUGCUGCCCAAUUCAACAGGCAAGAACUGGCAAGAGAUCCACAGCUCCGAUGUGCCCAAUCCACAACAUCGCAGAGUUAUUGGGGGCAGACAUUUUGUCUCUUAUUUCCAGCUCUAUACCAUAUGGAGACAUCGUGAGCAGGUCCCCGAGCCUCGGACCCCUCUCCGGUCGGGAUUGUACAAGUCCGCCAAUUUUUCAAGCUUCAUGAUUUCUCACUAG